AUGGCUUCGUUUCUUCUUCUUCUUCUUCUUCUUCUUCUUCUUCUUCUUCUUCUUCUUCUCGCGUCCACGGCGCUGGCUGUCGACAUCAUCCGGUACGGCCGCUCGGGCUGCGGCGCCCCUGAAGCAAGGUUUGACAAUGCCACACCUGGAACCUGCUUCCGGCAACCGUUCAAUUUUGUAAUGUUCCCCAAUAGGGCGGAGGCCGUCCGAGUCUCGCUUGAUCAGCAAAGUAUUGUAAGGUGCUCGACGACUUUAACCCACAAAGAACGAGUUUCUGACGUGAAAUUUCAGAAUUCAGUGGCCAUUCCCUACCAGCGAAGCGACGGAAAGUUUUGCGGCACGCCUAUAGAAGACGCAGCCAGAUUUGGAGAGCUCAACUUCGGUUGCUACUCAGACAAUCUCCUUGGCUCCGCCUUAUAUAUUCGAUGCAUUCCCAUGUCCGAUCGAGCGCUUGAUAACUCCACAGGAAGUAAAGUUGCAAGACAGGAGACUCCUGUGAUCCCGCCGACGCUUGAGGGUCGUUGCCCUGGGAAUCGAUUGGAAAAUUUCGACGCUGCUACGUCUACCUCACAGGCGGAAGAUAUUGCGUUCCGAUUUACGGACGAGUUUCACUACGAAUGGCAAGAGUCUCUGCAUCUUCAACUCCUCUUUCAUGAAUUUCAUAUUCUCCUCUUAUUCAUGACACGUUUACACUUUGGGACUCUCGUUUCCCAGCGCGCAUCAUGUCCAUACCCUCUCAGAGCAAUGUUCGAGUUCACGCUGAGGCACGAAGUGAUUAUUGAUAGGAGAAAGACUUGA